CGUGGCGUCAAGGGGCAAGAAACUUGAAAUUUUAGUUCAUCCGAGUUCCGCGAGCCGGUGUUACGCUUUUUGGCGCUAGUUGUCACUUUUUCGGCGGGGAAGAUGUGGUAAUUGAAUAAUUACUUAAAAAAUCGAAAAUUACUCGGGAAAAAUGAGAUAUAAUCAGGAAAAAAUUAGAAAUAAAUCUGGGAUGGUGAAGCUGGCCUGCAUUUGUUAGCACUCUGAUGGAAUCUUUCUUUCAACUUGAAGUGUGUGGCUUCAAGCUCAAAUGACGUUUGCAGGUAACCCCCCGCAUCAGAGAAAAUUGAGAGAUCCAUUUAUAAUCUUAUCAAGAUUCAGUGUAGCGUCAAAGUGCAGCAUCGCAGCCUCAAAAAGUUGAGUUUCAUAGCACGUAGAUAAUAGUAAAUGUGACACAAUAAAAUAGCACCUUAAGAAAUGACGUUAUGAUACGCCACUUCAUUAAGAAUCAAAGGCUCAAAUUGGGAAUUUAUCGCUGGUAUUCAUCACUGUUAUAAUAACGAUAACAUGGCACGGAAAAUAAAGACUGUACUAAUCGAUCUCAGUGGAACACUGCAUGUAGAUGAUAAUGUUAUUCCAGGGGCUGUGGAAGCUUUGAAAAGACUUCGUGAAACUGGUGCAUUCAUCAGAUUUGUUACAAACACAACCAAAGAAUCUCAGAAGUUGUUGCACGAUCGUCUGAAGAAACUUGGUUUUGUCAUUGCCAAAGAUGAGAUCUUUAGUUCCCUCCAAGCAGCAAGACAAGUUUUGAUUUCUCGUCAACUGAAUCCACUAUUAUUGAUUGAUGAUGCAGCUGUGGAAGAUUUCACAGAUUUGUCCAAGGAAGGUCAACUAAAUGCUGUGGUUGUCGGUCUAGCACCUUCAAAAUUUCAUUACAACCAAUUAAACACAGCCUUCAGACUUCUCCUCGAAGGUUCAUCUCUGAUUGCUCUUCACGAAGGAAGAUACUACAAAUGUAGCGAUGGUUUGGCCUUAGGACCUGGAGCGUUUGUUAAAGGCUUAGAAUAUUCAGCUAAUGUCAAAGCUGAGAUAAUAGGAAAACCGACUGCGGAUUUCUUCCUCACCGCUUUGGGAGAAACUAAGCCAGAAGAAGCAGUGAUGAUAGGCGAUGAUGUGAAAGAUGAUGUGGCUGGUGCACAAGCAGUUGGAAUCAAAGGGAUAUUAGUUAAAACUGGUAAAUACCUGGCAGGCGAUGAAGACAUGAUCUUGCCACCACCGUACAAAGUUUGUUCGUCAUUUGUUGAGGCUGUCCAAGUUGUUGCCGAGAUGAUAGUUUGAAAUAUGAACAUGUAGGAUAAUUUGUAAUAAAUAUUUUGUCCGAUA